ACAAAUUUGAUGGAGAACAUAAAUGAUGCAAAUAUAAUUUAAACAAAAUCAUGUGCUCUUAGCAGAAAUAUUCUUAAUAAGUAGUUCCAGUAUAACAUGACAGCUCCAAUGGAGCGAAUACAAGUUUUGGAUUCUAUUGAAAAGGAUAUUAUUACCUGUUUACAAAGUGCCGGUCAAGCUUUUAUGGAAUUGAGCAAAGAAAAAUCAAGCCAGAAACAAGCAGAAGGACAGACACAUCAAUUUUUAAAGUCUUUAAGCCAAGUUGAAUCGAAAUUAACAGAGCAAAUUAACUACCUCACACAAGUUUCAACAGGACAACCACACGAAGGCUCUGGUUAUGCCUCACAAAAAGUCUUGCAAAUGGCUUGGCAUAGAUUAGAACAUGCAAGAUCAAGAGUAAAUGAAUUAGAUAGACUUAAAACUAAGCAUCAACAAAGAAAUGCUAAUAGAAAUAAUGGUGUUGUUGCUACAAAUAAUUCUACUGUAAAUAAUGCAUAA